UGAUUGUUGGGCUGGAGUUGGAAAGUAUAAAACAGGCAGAUUGUCACUUCUGCCUUUACCUUCGCUGUCUGUCACCAUGUCUUUCUCUGGAAAAUACCAGCUGGAGUCUCAGGAGAACUUUGAGCCUUUCAUGAAGGCUAUUGGUCUUCCUGAUGAACUCAUCCAGAAAGGCAAAGACAUCAAGAGUAUCUCUGAGAUUGAGGAGGAUGGUGACAACUUCAAAGUGACGGUCACUACUGGCACUAAGGUCCUCGUCAACACUUUCACCCUUGGAAAGGAGUCAGAGCUGGAGACACUCACUGGAGAGAAGGUCAAGGGGGUGGUUCAGCGUGAUGGCAACAAGCUGAAGGUCUCCCUAAAGGGAAUUGAGUCUGUCACAGAACUGGUGGAUGGGAACACAAUUGUUAAUACCAUGACUCUUGGUGGCAUUGUAUACAAGAGGACCAGCAAACGCAUGUAAAUGUCUACACUUGGGAUAAUAAAAAACAUGAAAGGCA